GGGAGCGGAUGCGCCAGCAGUUCGACGAAGCCUCCGAGCGGUGCCGCACCGCGCCCAUGGAGGGCGUCGCCUUCUCCCCCGAGGACCUCGACACUGCCGUGGAGUCCACCGACAUCGACACCGAGAUCGGCUCCCUUGGACCAGAGCUUCAUCUUUCAUAAACUUGUGACAAGAAAGAUGGUAGUUUGUGCUGAACCUCCUCCCAAGUUAAAGAUCCCAGAGAGUAUCACAGAACUGACAGAUGAUGUUAACCAUGAAUCCUCAAAGCCCGAGAGAAGGACAAGGAUGCACCACAUUGAGCGGCACAGAUCAUGUGUUGUCACCUUAUCUGACAUGGAACUCAAUGAUUUGCAACCUCGUCGUCUACUCCAGACUCUUGAGGUCUCCAAGAGCCCAGAAGGAGGAUCACAGUGCUCACUCCAUGAAGAAAACCCCUACAGAUGCUAAUGCAUCACACGGGCAUGCAAUUGCAGAGCUGCUUGGGAAGCCCUUAAAAGGUCAAUAGUUUACUUCAGAGGCCAGCCAAUUGGGACUGUUGCUGCAAUAGACAAGUCUCAGGGAGCGGCACUAAAUUAUGACCAGGUUUUCAUGAGGGAUUUCAUUCCUAGUGCAUUGGCUUUUCUGAUGAAAGGAGAACACUUGAUAGUGAAGAAUUUUCUGGUAGAAACUGCCCGCCUUCAGUCAAGAGAGAAGAUGGUUGACCUCUUUAAGCUUGGUCAGGGUGUGAUGCCUGCAAGCUUUAAGGCACAACGUAGCAACCCUAGUACCCUACCCAGAAGACAGAAAAUUUGGUGGCUGACAUAGGGAGGGUUGCUCCUGACAGUUCAUAUUGGAGUAAGUGGAUUCGGAACUGUUCUCUGGCUGACAAUAUGAUCUUCCAAUGGCGAACACGUGGAUUAUUUUUUCUUAUUCUGAAGCUGUGUAAUUGGACUAUCUUACCGCUUCAGUCUUACUUUCUGUUGAUGGUUGCUCCAUGAUAGAAGUUAACAACAUUCCAGCUUGGCUUUGUGCCGAAAGAUUCCCAAUGAUUGGUCAAAUGGAAAAAGAUUCCAUCAUGGAAAGUGGCCGUGACAAUAAGGCAAUAAUUUCUCUGGAUAGCUUAACCAAGUUAAUUCCAAGUUAUUUGAUGGGAAUUGGACGCCUCAGGUGGUGGUGCGAAAAAUAUGGACUACGAGCUGACAUGUCCAAUGUCUUCAAAACUAACUUGGUAAUUUUCACAACACCCCCAGGAGGUACCUUUUAUUUCACCAUCGAGUAUGAAAGCCGAGCUAUUACCCUAUCUUUGUAUGGGAGAAACCUUUAUAUUAUGGGUCUCCGGGAGCCCCAUGAAACUUUUGAGAUCAAGGAGCGAAAUGAGAAGAGAAAAAGUUAUAUGUCAGGAGAAAAGAUCAAGAUACGUCCUUUUAAAAAGAACUACAUAUUUCUUGCCCCUAAAGGUGACGUUAUUAAUGUUAGAUUGGGCUUAUUUGCUCUGUUGGAGGCAUUUGAAGUUCUCCACAAGUGUUGUGGUGAAACUCAGGGGGUCAAGCAAGCAGUGUCAGCAUUUGCUGUGCAUCUAUGUGAGGCUGGACGCCUCCAAAGUGUGUUGAAGGAUGUCUGCGAAAUCUCUCUGCAGCGCACCAUGGAAACUCUCGACAGUAGAUCCCCAAACUUAUUCUGGAUUAAUAAAUAUGACAAUUGUGGGGGGCAAGAGAUGAAGCGAGUAAGUUGCAUGAAAGAGGGGAAAACACCUCCUGUGCUAAAACAUUAUGGCAAUGAUAAAGUGACAGAGGCACAGAUUCUGAAUCAAAUUCGUAUCUUUCCUCGGGAUGUGUAUGAUGAAGGGUUUUUUGAGCAUGAACCAAUGCCAUUGGAAGCAACAGAAAAUGAUUCAGUUCUUGCUGCUUACCAGGACUGGCUGAGGAAUUCUAAAGGUGUGAAAUCUUCAGGCAGUCACUCAAGGUCUAAUAAACAAGACAAAGUGAGAGCUUUUCAACUGGAAGAAGUUCCUAUGAGUUGAGAUCAAGAAUCUUCUGGAUGUUAGGAUCUGAACUGUAACUCUCAUCGAGAGGAUGGCACUAGGAAGAGUUGGGGC